AUGGCAACAAACGGUAAUGUUAAUCACAGCGACCAGUACGCGACGCCCAGCUCGACAACCGACGCCGCCUCGGCCAAUACUUCCACCACUUCCCAGAGCCAGAACCAGACCCUCCCCAACGAUGAGGUCGGCUGGUACUUCGUCGAGCAAUACUACACCACCCUGAGCAAGAACCCCGAGAAGCUCCACCUCUUCUACGGCAAGAAGUCCCAGUUCGUCUACGGUCAGGAGGCCGAGAUCUCCUCUGUUUCCUAUGGCAGGCAGGGUAUCCAGGAGCGCAUUAAGGGACUCGAUUUCCAGGACUGCAAGGUCCGCAUCUCGAAUGUCGAUUCGCAAGGCUCCGGCGACAACAUCGUCAUCCAGGUCAUCGGCGAGACCUCCAACAAGGGCGCCGAGCCCAAGAAGUUCGUCCAGACCUUCGUCCUUGCCCAGCAACCCUCGGGCUACUUCGUCCUGAACGAUAUGCUCCGCUACAUCAAGGAGGAGGUUGAGGAGGAGGUCGAGGAGCCCGCCCAGGAGGCUGCUGCCACUCCCGAGGAGGAGGCCCCCGCUCAGCCCGAGGCUCCUGUUGAGGCCGCUGCUGAGCCUGUCGAGGAGACCAAGGAGCCGGAGCCGGAGGCUGUCGAGCUCGAUGCCAGCGCUGUUGACGAGAAGCUUGAAGAGGUUGUCAAGGAGGAGCAGACGCCCGCUGCUGAGCCCGUAGAGGCCGCUGCUGAGCCCGUUGAGGAGGCCAAGCAGCCCGAGCCGGAGGCUGCUCCCGAGCAGGUUCCCGAGCAGGUUCCCGAGCAGGUUCCCGAGCAGGCUCCCGAGCCUGAGAAGGUUGCUGAGGAGAUUGUCAAGGAGGAGGUUAAGAAGCCUGAGGAGCCCAAGGCCCCUACUCCCUCUCCUGCCCCUCCUGCGAAGCCCAAGGAGCCUCCCAAGCCCAAGACCUGGGCCAACCUGGUCGCUGUUGCUGCCGGCCCCAAGCCUGUCGUUCCUCUGACCAAGGCCGUUACUCCUGCGGUUCCUGCCCAGACCCGCACCGCUGCCCCUGCGGCCGCUCAGCAGCCCGCCGCCGAGCCCGCUGCCGCCCCCAAGGAGCAGGCCAACGAGUGGCAAACCGCUGAGACCAAGCGCCAGACCCGUCCCCAGUCCAUGGUCGCCAGCGCCGAGAAGGAGAGUGCUAUGGCCUACAUCAAGUAUGUUACAGACAAGGUCAAGGAUGAGGACCUCAAGGGUCUCCUGAGCAGCUUCGGCGAGCUCGUUUACUUCGACAUCAACCGCACCAAGAACUGCGCUUUCGUCGAAUUCAAGACCCAGGCCGGCUACAACGCCGCCGUUGCCGCCAACCCCCACACCGUUAAUGGCGAGAACAUUGUUGUUGAGCAGCGUCGCCCCAAGUCUACUGCCUUCGGUGGUAGCAACUACAGCUCCACUGGCGGCCGUGGCGGCGCCGCCGGCCGUGGCCGUGGUGGCUUCGAGGGUGGUCGCUCCGGCAGCCAGAGCGGCGGCCGUGGUGGAUUUGGUGGCCAGUCUCGUGGCCGCGGCGGAGCCAACCGUGGCCGUGCCCCUACUGCUCAACCCCCUACCGCUUAG